UCUCUACGCAGGUGUUUAAAACGUGGAGGGAAAAAAUUCAUGGCACAAAUACAAGUCCAUAUUGACGCCGUAUAGCAUCAUGUAGCUGAAUACAAGCGGCCGUGUCUGUCUUUGUGUGGUUUAUUUUACUAAACGUCCGUGUCACCGUCAGACUUCAGAGGCUGAAGAAACUGUGGCGUGAUGCAAAACUCGGACGGAGCUGAAGAGUGUCGACGGUCGCUGGUUUUUUUCGACCUGGAGACGACUGGACUGGGCCAGAGUUGUGACAUCGUCCAGCUGGCUGCAGUGAGUGGUGGUCACUCACUCAACCUCUAUGUCAUCCCUCGGUGUCGGAUGCAGCGAGGAGCAGCCAAAGUGACUGGCUUCAGGAUCCGCAGACAGAAGCUGUACCUCCAUCGCCAGCUUGUCCUCACCAACUCCCUGCGAGAGGUCCUGGUCUCCUUUAUAGCUUUCCUUCAAAUGCUCGGGCACCCACUUGUCAUCGGCCACAACAUUCGCCGCUUUGACUGUCCUUUGCUUGCCCGAGCUCUUGAUGAACUGGACCUCAGAGCAGAGUUUGAGUCUUCCGUCUCAGGCUGUGUUGACACUCUACCACUGGCCCGUGAGAUGCUGAAGGACCGCUGCCUCCAGAGUUUUCGACAGGAGAAUCUGGUUAAGGAGCUGUUGGGUGUGAACUACAAGGCCCAUGAUGCUUUGGAGGAUGUGCGGGCGUUGCAGGCUCUGUAUAAUGUGCUUCAGCCCACACCAGAGCUAGUGUGUAGGCACAUGUUUACUCUGGACACCAUGGAGAACAAGCCAGCUGUGACAGCCUCCAAAGCUAAAGUGCCCUGUAAGAUUCCAGGACAGCGCCCCCUGUGGGAGCACUUCAGACACACAGUGAAGGUCACAGAGAGCAAAGCAGAGGACCAGAAUGGAUUAUAACAUAUUUUACAUCAAUAGAUUAUUAUCAGAUUGAGACUUUUGGAAAAAAUACUGAGACCAUAACUCAGCCGACUCAGUCUCCACCACCCUGUACAUUUUACACUGUGUGCCACAGUAGAACAAAUGAAACCCACUGCUUUACUUUAUGACACAAGACAAGACAACAAACUGUCAGUUUCCUCCAAUUGUUAAUGCUGGAACAAAACUGAUGGAACAUUAACUUCAAACAUGCUUGUCUACUUUAGUGAGUCAAAAGGAAAACAAGACUAGAGACACGAGGGACUGUUGCUGCUAGAUUAAGACUUUCAGCAUACAUUGGUGAGACUCGUCAGGUGGCUUCUGAAUCGGAUGCUGUUUCCUACAGUUUAUCUUCACUAUAUAGUUCAGUGACAACAAACAGGCAGGCUGUCUUUGUCCAUGAUGAGUAUUUCUUAAGAAAGAGUCAAGUUUCUGUUUAUGUGACUUAUAAAUGGUGAAAAUGUAGAUACUGGUGAUCUUGUUCCACUUUCAACACAGCACUUUGAUUUUUAGUCAUCAAUAUGUGGAAAUGGUGAUCACUGCUGGAAUUUAAUAUAUAGUUUGGUUACUGAAAAAAUUGUAUGUGCUUUUAUUCUGUUUCAAUGAACUCUGCAUAAUAUUUUUAUUG